AUGGAUCCUUACAGUGCCGAAGGCGAGCUCAUAAACCUCCACAACCACUUCCACCAAGGCCAAUUCCAAGAAACCGUUGACUACGACGUAUCGGCCCUGUCCUCCGAGAACGCCCUCCCCGCCCGCGUGCUCCAGCACCGCGCCCGCAUCGCGCUGGGCCAGGCCGAAGAUGUGAUCGCGGACGUCGAGGGCGAGUCGAAACCCGAAUUAGCGGCUGUGGGCGCGCUCGCGGCGCUGAGCCUCGGCCGCACUGACGAGGCGGUCAAGACGAUUGAGGAGCUGGCGGCUUCGAGCGGCGACAACGCGACGGUGCAAGUUUUGGGCGGAACGGUGCUGCAGGCGGCGGGGAAGAGCGAGGAGGCGCUGGCGUUGUUGUCGCAGCAUUCUGCAAAUCUCGACGCCGUCGCUUUGAUUACACAGAUUUAUCUUCAACAGAACCGUAUAGAUCUCGCCCUCAAGGAAGUCAAGGCAGCACGAAGUUGGGCACAGGACAGCUUGCUUGUCAAUUUGACCGAGUCAUGGGUGGGCCUGAGAUUGGGUGGUGAGAAGUACCAGCAAGCAUUCUAUGUCUUUGAGGAACUCGCACAGGCGCCGUCAACAUCAUCCGUUACAUCACUAGUUUCCCAAGCGGUUUGCGAACUUCACCUAGGGCGCGUCGAGGAGGCCGAGACGGCGUUGAAGCAAGCGAUUGGAAAGCAGCCUGACUACGCUGAUGCCAUUGCGAACUUGGUGGUUCUGAACAUCGUAACAGGAAAGGACCCGAAGGACGUCAUGGCUUCGCUGAAGAAGACCAGCCCCGCGCAUCCGCUCCUGACCGACUUGGAGGAGAAGAGCGCGGCAUUUGACAAGGCUGCGACAAAGUACACCGCGAAAGCCUCGUCCUAG